GAGACAAAAGCAUCGCGCUCAACCCGAGUCCUUGAUAACAAUUUUUUUUAGCAAAAAAAAAAAAAAUUUCUCCACGUUCGAACAUCAAAACAGAUAAAAAUCAUAAAAUAUUAUUAAAAACCAAUAAAACGCUGAAAGUGAAGACAGAUAUCUUUCGUCAAUAAAAAAAAUCAAGAUAUUUUAAUGAAACGGCAUCAAUUACCAAUAAAUUACUGAUAAUCAUACUGCAACAUAUUCCGAAUAAUUAUAGCGGAAGUGAAUUUCUUUGCGGAUAAAGUAACGUAAAAAGGGACGAUAAUUAGAGUUCAAAGACUUUGAGAAAAUUAUUAAAAAUUACAAUAAAAAUGUCGUUCUUACGGAGUAUGUGGAAAAAUAGCUCGAAACACAAAAAAUUGUGUGAAGAGCUCGCUUUGGCAAACAGCAUCCGUGAUUUUUCCGAGAACCACGAGGAAAUUGACGAGUCAUCGAACGAGGCUUCCAUCACUUAUCUCGUGAAGUAUAUUGGACAAAUUCCCGUCACGUCAUCGCGAUCCGAAGAAACGACAGCAAAUGCAGUGAAAAAAAUCAUUUCCAAAAGCAACAAGAAGCUGCAACGCGUCGCACUGGCGAUUUCUCCCAAAGGCAUUGAAAUGUCGGAUCAUGUCACGGGCGAAAAUUUACUUCAAGUCUCGAUUUACAGGAUUUCCUAUUGCUCGGCGGAUGCGUCGCAUUCGAAUGUUUUUGCAUUUAUCGAAAGUUGUCCGAAGGAAGCGUCUCAGGAUGCAGAAAAAAAUGCAUUUACCGGCACGGAGGACACUGAAGCGGAGGAAGGAACGUUAAUUUGUCAUGCUUUCCUGUGUCAAAAACGAAAAAUGGCUCAAACUGUCACGUUAACUGUCGCUCGCAGCUUCGAACGGGCCUACCAGGUGUGGCAAAAUCAUCAGUGGCAGAUGGAACGAAAGAAUAAAAUGAACGAAAUCAAGUCCAGUGAGGAGAAAAAAGCAUCAGAUAUCAAAGAACAGGCAGCUUUAAUCGAUUUAAACACAGAUUUGGCGGAAAUUUGUGCGAAAAAUGACACAAGAGACUAUCUACAAAACACUUGGAUUUCCUUUGAGGACGAUACCGCUGACGAAUUUCACCAAAUCGCCGCAAGAAACCUCAGUAUGAGACCCGGAUGGGAUAUGAAUGUCCUCUGUUCAUAACUUUUAGCCUUAACUGACGACAUGGAAAUGCUUUCUUAUGAUUUUUUGACGUGAAUUUACUAGAUUAGGCCUAAAAAUUUAAGUUAGAAUAGAAUUUUUGUGAUAGUUGCUUCAAAAUUUCAUUUAAAUUAAUGCUAAUUAAUUAAUAAAAAAAUCUUGAUAACAUAAAAUUACCUUUUACUGCGAUA